AUGUUUGGCGUGACGUGGACAGCUAAGCGGUUGAGGGAGGGGAAUUUAUGAUAAUAUUAAUAAGCUUAUGUGUGAUAAUAUUUACGAAAUUCAAAGGCUUUGAAUUUGAGUAAAAAUAUUAAUAGUUAGGGUGUUCUGUACUAGUUAAUGUUAGAUUGUUGUUAAUGUAUUGGUAGGUUUUAAAAUUUCUACAUAAUGAAGAGAUUUCUCUGUAUUGUCCUAGUACUUGGUAUUUGCUUUCACUGUUGUGAUACUGACGAACAUAAUCAUCAGUAUGAAGAUAAUGAAGAAGUGGUACUUUGGAUGAACACUGUGGGACCCUAUCAUAACAGACAAGAAACAUAUGCCUAUUUCUCAUUACCCUUCUGCUCUGGGCCAAAAAAAAGCAUUAGCCACUAUCACGAAACACUUGGUGAAGCACUUCUGGGUGUAGAGUUAGAAUUUAGUGGACUAGACAUUGACUUUAAAGCAAAUGUUGCCAAAACUCAGUACUGUGAAGUGGAGAUCACUGAUGAAAUACUUCUUGCUUUCACUUAUGCAGUUAAAAACCACUACUGGUACCAAAUGUACAUAGAUGAUCUGCCAAUCUGGGGUAUUGUUGGGGAGGUGGAUGAAUCAGAAAAUGCAUUUUAUAUGUGGACUCACAAAAAAUUUGAAAUUGGAUAUAAUGGAAAAGCCAUUGUGGAUGUUAACUUGACAAGUGAAGCCAAAGUGAAGCUGGAAAAGGGGAAAAAGUUAACAUUUUCUUAUGAAGUUAUCUGGAAAACAUCACCAAUCAAGUUCGAAGACAGAUUUGAUAAGUAUCUGGAUCCAAAUUUCUUCCAACAUAGAAUUCACUGGUUUUCCAUUUUCAACUCAUUCAUGAUGGUGAUUUUCUUGGUUGGUUUGGUGAGCAUGAUUUUGAUGAGAACACUAAGGAAAGACUAUGCUCGUUACAGUAAAGAUGAAGAAAUGGAUGAUAUGGAACGUGAUCUAGGUGAUGAAUAUGGCUGGAAGCAGGUUCAUGGUGACGUCUUCCGUCCUCCAUCACACCCAUUAAUUUUCUGUGCAUUGGUGGGAUGUGGCUACCAGAUUGCUAUUGUUACUCUAUCUGUAAUUAUAUUUGCCAUUUUAGGAGAACUAUACACAGAGAGGGGUUCCUUAUUAAGCACAGCAAUAUUUGUAUAUGCAGCUACGUCCCCUGUGAAUGGUUACUUUGGUGGUAGCUUAUAUUCUCGUAUGCAAGGAAAACAGUGGAUCAAGCAAAUGAUGCUAAGUGCAUUCAUGUUGCCUGCUUUGAUUUGUGGAACUGCUUUCCUUAUCAACUUCAUAGCUAUAUACUACCAUGCAUCUCGUGCCAUACCUUUCGGAACAAUGGUUGCAGUAACUUGCAUUUGUCUGUUUGUCAUCCUGCCAUUGACACUUGUGGGUACCGUGCUGGGACGGAACUUAGCUGGUCAGCCCAAUCACCCAUGUCGUAUUAAUGCUGUACCAAGGCCAAUCCCAGAGAAAAAGUGGUUCAUGGAGCCAUUGGCUAUUGUCAUGCUGGGAGGGAUCCUUCCAUUUGGGUCCAUUUUUAUUGAAAUGUACUUUAUAUUCACCUCCUUUUGGGCCUACAAGAUUUACUAUGUAUAUGGGUUCAUGCUGCUUGUGUUUCUGAUCCUGGCAGUUGUCACUGUGUGUGUUACCAUUGUUUGCACUUACUUUCUCCUCAAUGCUGAAGACUAUAGAUGGCAGUGGGCUAGCUUCUUGUCAGGUGCUUCGACUGCAGGUUACGUGUACAUCUAUUCCUUAUAUUACUUCUUCUUUAAAACAAAAAUGUACGGUCUUUUCCAGACUGUCUUUUACUUUGGUUACAUGGCUCUAUUUAGUAUAGCUCUGGGAAUUCUUUGUGGUACACUUGGGUACGUAGGGACCAGCACCUUUGUUAGAAAGAUUUAUUCCACCGUGAAGAUCGACUGAGAGCAAAAGAAAAUCUUUCACUGUGUACUGAAGUGUCAAAGUACUAAAUUAAAAGUGCAUGCAUUCUUAGCAUAUUGUCAGUGGGACUGCAUGAAAAGGUGAAAAGGAGUUAAAAAUCAGAAAUAUAGUAAAUCUAAAGACACUAAACUUUUAUUAAUAUCUACAAUUGCACGACAUUUUUGUCAUGGACGCUCACAGUUUUCGUGAUUGUAUCAUCGUUUUGAACCAAUGAUUUAUCAAUUUAGUUAUAUUUUGUUCUUCAUUGUACAGCUUUAUCCAUUUAAUAAUUCUGUUCAAGAUUAUUAUGAAAUCUGUCAUACUAGUUGGUAAUAAUAUUAGUCCAUUUGCUGUUUAAUGCAAGAAAAGUUAGCGUGGUCAUCUAAAUGUGUUGUCAAGUUUUGUCAGCCUCUCUCUCUCUCUCAUGUUAAUGUAUUUGCAAUAUCAUAAAAUUUAUUGUAAUGACUAACCUCCCCUAUAAGGGUUUUGUUGAUCAUAGUCCAGUAUAGGUGUUUUGAUGAAGUAUUUUUCCUCUGCUGAUUCACAUCUGUAAGCAGAUUACUUCCAAAAAAACAGAUUUUUGUAGUUAAGCAUUAAAGAAGUUAAAAUCAAAUAGCAGACAGUCUCGUUUUCUUAAAUUUCAUCUGAUUAUUUUACAAGGCAUUAAUUACUAAGUCAUGGUUGUAGGUGUUGUUAAAGUGAUAUACAUGAUCAGUGUUUUUCCUUGUAUUGUUCAAAUUUAUGUUACACUGAAAAUCUAUCAAGAGAAUUCUCUAUUUCUCCAGUGUUUUUUGUUCCAAUACAAUCGUCAAUCACUCAUACAUGAAAAUUAUACAUCCCACACCUAGUGGCAUGUCUAUUUCCUGAUUCUCUAUUUAAUUAUUUUUAGUGUGGUUUAUAUUUAAUCACGUUUGACAGGUAAGAAUCUAGAUAUUGGUGUAAGGGUGACUAGAAAAGUUUUAAUCACUAUGGAUAGAUGCAUUUAUGAUAAGAGAUUUGUGUUGGACUUGAGCCACAGGAUCUUAUAUUUUAUGACCUACUAAGUUUAAUUUGUUUUUGUUUUAUUUUUCACAUAAAAAUUACUGUUUUUGCAAUAGUUUUUUAAUCUCUCAUCAAGAAAAUUAGAGCCCACCUAAAGUACACAGUUAUGUAACCAAGGGUAUUUACAUAUUUUGUCCUUAUCUUUGUUUAUUAGACUAUAUAAAACAGAUUUUGUCAAACUGGUUUCAUAAAAUUCAUUUUUCAGCUUAUAAAUCAUUCUUUUAAAGUUAAAUCUUUCUCAUCUCCUGGGUUAAACUUUUACUUUUGGGCAGAAUUUCAAAACACUUCUGGAUUUAUUUAUUUAGAACUUAAUAAGGAGAAAGUUAAGGUUUUUGAGCACUGUGAUGUGUCUCUUUUGACUAGUUGAGUUUGAUUUGUUUUAACUUAUUGAAUUUGAAUAACUUUUUUUUUUGUACUGAAUUUAAAAAACAUAUUUCCUUAAAAUCAGUUUUGUUCAUAUGUAUAAUGUUUAAAGGUAAGCAUCAUCAUUGUUUGAAUUAUUCAGUUGUAGCUGUUGUUUCCUGGCUGUGUGAUAUCAAUUAAGAAAACCUCGGUGGAUUUCUUCCAAAUAUGCUUUUCGGAGAUUGUUUGUUAAAUAAAGGGUACUGUUUUGAAAUAUAAAAUGACUGUCAUUAAUUAUUGCUGAAUAAGCUGAACUUGGUGAAAAUCUCUAAAUGUUUGCUCUACAAAGUAAUUGAUCUUUGUAUCAUUUACUCAAGGCCAAAAUUAAUUAUUUUUUACUGUUAGAGAUGAAUGACAAAAAGAACUUCCAAAAGAAUCUUAUGUUUUUGUUAAUGUUGUCUGUAUCAAUAUCGAGAAGGCUGUGAUUGUAAACUGGUCCGAGUUUAAUAUCUCUCGCUUUUUUGUUUUGCAUAAAACACUUUACUUUCUUAUUAUCUUAACAUCAUAUUUGCUUGCCAAGUAGAUAUCUGUAUAAUGAUAGUAAAAUACUUGGAUUUUAUUAAAGUAGUGAGGAUAAGAAAUAGCUCUUUUUUUUUUUCCAUUGAUAAAAAGAUCAUUUUACUAAAUGGUCAGAAUGUAUGAUAAAUAAAAGUUUGUUACAUGG